CCGACCACUGUUCACUCCCCUCACAAUCGCUCCACUUUCUUCACCAUCCUCCUUCCUUCCUUCCUUCCUUCCUGCGCCAAUAAUCAUCAUUAUUAAUCAUUAUUCCCCCUCAAUUGAUGCAGUGAAACAAUCGCCCACCUCUGAUCAUGUGGCUGCUCCGAGGAGUCGUCGCAUUCAUACUCAUCGCCGUGCUUGCUCUUGCUGCAGCACAACCACGUCUCCCUCCUCGUGAAGUGGAGGAUUUGAGGGUAAUUGCAGACAUUUUGAAGAAGAGAGACUGGGAUUUUAACGUGGAUCCAUGUAGCGGGCUUUCGGGUUGGGCGAACUCAAACCCGGACCCGGAUCGACGGGGGGCAGGCAAUGCAGUCGCCUGUAACUGCGCUUUCGAAAACAAUACUGUUUGCCAUAUCGUCAGCAUUGUUCUUAGAGGUGAAAAUUUGGAAGGAGAAUUGCCCAGACAGCUUAGUAAUCUCCCCUUUCUUCAAGAAAUUGAUUUGAGUCGGAAUUUACUAAGUGGUACCAUCCCUUCCGAAUGGGGCUCCAUGAAGCUUGUAAACAUUUCGCUUUUUGGAAAUGGGAUAACAGGGUCAAUACCGAAAGAGCUUGCCAAUAUCACUACACUUACAAAUCUAAAUGUCGAGGCCAAUCACUUAUCGGGUACUAUUCCUCGGGAGUUUGGCUCUCUUCCUCAAAUAAAAACAUUAAUAUUUAGUUCGAACAGUUUUACCGACCCGAUACCUGCAAGUCUAGCAAAUUUGUCCACAAUACAAGACUUCCGUAUCAGCGACAACAACUUUCGAGGGCAAAUACCGAGUUUCAUUACGAACUGGACAAAUAUUGAAAAAUUAGUGAUUCAGGGCAGUGGCUUGACUGGACCGAUCCCUCCCGGCAUUGCUUCCUUGACCAAAUUAGUUGAUCUGAGAAUCAGCGACUUGAGGGGGAAUGAGACUGCAUCGACCAUUCCCCUGAUCAGUAACUUGAGAAUGCUCAAAAUUCUAAUAUUGAGGAGUUGCAACAUAAUCGGGCAGUUGCCGAGUUACAUUGGUGAAAUGACAAGCUUAACUGUCUUAGAUUUUAGCUUCAACAAUUUAACAGGACCAAUUCCCGACAGCUUCUCAAAGCUGCAAAACAUAAACUACAUAUAUUUAACCGGGAACUCGUUAACUGGAGCUGUGCCUCGUCAAAGUUGGAUGGAGAGGAAGAUAAUUGAUCUAUCCUACAACAACUUCACAUCGGAAAGUUCAGACCUGAGUUGUCAUUGGAGAAAUGUAAACUUGUUUGCAAGCUCAAAGGGAGAUAAAUCCAGCGACGUUUCCUGCUUAAGAAACAUCAAAUGUGAAAAGAAGUACUCGUAUCUGCACAUAAACUGCGGCGGUCCUGAAGUAAAGGAAGGAGGGAAAAUAUACGAGGCUGACAUGAGUCCUGGUGGACCCUCGAAUUUCUACCUCAGUAGUAGAAGCUGGGGAUUUAGCAGCACAGGCCACUUCUUAGACGACGAGCGCCUAACAGACUCGAUGUUGAUCUCUACGAACCGUACACUAAGUUUUGAGAAGAAACUCGGGCUCUACGCAGACGCAAGACGUUCCCCUCUCUCGUUGACAUACUUCGCCUCUUGUUUAGUAAACGGACAGUACACUCUAAGGCUUCAUUUUGCAGAGAUCGAACUUACGGAUGAUGACACCACGUACCGGAGCCAUGCAAGGCGUCUGUUUGAUGUUUACGUUCAGAAGAAGUUGGUGCUCAAGGAUUUCGACAUUAGAAGCCAAGCCGGGGGAGCAUACACCAGAAUAGUGCAUAACUUCACCGUAUACGUGUUCGAUCAUACGUUGGAUAUUCGCCUCUAUUGGGCUGGGAAAGGGACAACGAGCAUUCCAUACAGCGGCGAAUACGGUCCUCUAAUUUCAGCAAUAUCAGUGGAUGGUAAUUUUACUACACCACCCGAUAAGGUAUCUGCGGAAAGCUUGUCAACGGGUAUAGUUGUCGCAGUCUUUUUCUUGAUCCUUGUGUUCGUGCAUAUUCUAUGGUGGAAGGGCUGGCUCGGGCGCAAAGACUCGAUACUAGACGGUAUCGACCUUAACACCGGGACGUUCACGUUGAGGCAAAUUGCGGCAGCGACAAGCAAUUUCGAUCCUGCUAAUAAAAUCGGAGAAGGAGGCUUCGGUAUCGUGUACAAGGGUUAUCUGCCGGACGGCACCAUCGUUGCUGUGAAGCAGCUCUCUUCGAAAUCGAGGCAAGGGAACCGCGAGUUUGUGAAUGAAAUCGGAAUGAUUUCUGCAGUACAGCACCCUCAUCUUGUAAAGCUAUACGGAUGCUCAGUUGACGGCGAUCAGUUGCUACUCGUGUACGAGUACAUGGAAAACAACAGCCUCGCUCGCGCAUUGUUUGGUCCGGAGUCGCAACAGCUGCAUUUGGAUUGGCCGACGAGGUUCAGAAUCUGCAUCGGUGUGGCGCACGGCUUGGCCUAUCUUCACGGAGAAUCGAGAAUCAAGAUCGUCCACCGCGACAUCAAGGCGACGAACGUGCUUCUUGACAAAUAUCUAAACCCGAAAAUAUCUGAUUUCGGCCUCGCAAAGCUUCAUGAAGAGGGCAAUACGCAUAUGAGCACUCGCAUCGCCGGGACGCUUGGCUACAUGGCACCCGAAUACGCUGUGCGAGGAUAUUUGACGGACAAGGCCGACGUGUACAGCUUCGGGGUCGUUCUCUUGGAGAUCGUAAGCGGAAGAAGCAUCAUCGUUUUCACCCCCGACGAGGAUUGCUUGUGCCUUCUCGACUGGGUCGAUUUAUUGCGGGAGAAAGGGCGUUUGCUGGAUAUAGUCGACCCCCGGCUGGGGUCGAACUUCGACAGGGACGAGGUUCGGAGGGUCGUGAACGUGGCGCUGAUGUGCACGAACCCGACGGCAGUGGGGAGGCCGAGCAUGGCGGCUGUGGUGGGCAUGCUGGAGGGUGAGGUUCAGCUAUCGGAUUUCGUCGCGGAAACGGGAGUCGAGCAACGAGACAGGGUCGGGCUCGGGUACGGGUACGGGUUCGACGAUGUUCGGGGCUUCGCUAUGAAGUCGUUCCCUAGUUCGAGUGCGGAUUCUUGUACAGCGCCUUUGAGCUCAAAUUACUUUGAGAAUAGAGAAUGAGUUAAUAGAGUAAAUACAUACGUAGAGAGAGAGAGCUGAGCUUUGUACAGAAAUUAGAUUAAUUAAUUUUACUUCAAUUUUGUACAGUUUUGUGUUGCAGUAAAUUUGUAUGUAAUGCAAGAAAAGGGAGAUCAGAUCAUAGUUUUGUACUUCAA